AUGCGGGCGAAGAGCGACACCCUGAAGUACGUGAAGCGCUUCUUGGCCGACAUGAACGGCAUGGGCACUCCGGGAUGUUUCCGCAUGGACAACGGCGGCGAGUUCACCGGCGCCGCUUUCAUCGAGUUCUGCGACGCCGCUGGCAUCCGGCGCGAGUACACCGCGCCCGACACCCCCAAACAAAACGCCGUCGCCGAGAGCGCCAUCUGGCGUGCGAUGAAGGGGGGCCACGCCGCGCGACGCCACAUCCUCUCCAUGGCCCACGUCGACCUCGCCUCCGUCCCCAACAUCGGCGCCAACGGACAACGCCUGUGGCUCUCGUCGGCGCUCUGGGCAUCCGGUUGUUUCAACCGCUCCGCGACGAAGGCCAAUCAGGGCUGGAUGUCGCCGUUCGAGGCCUUCUUCGGCCGGAAGCCGCCGCUCAACGUCGUCCCUUUUUUCCAGGAGGGGAUGAUGCGGGUCAAGCGCGCCAUCAAAGCGGACGUCCAAUCCGUGCGUUGCUUCUACCUGCACGGCGCCAACAACCACUCGACGGUAACCGCUGUCGUUCUCCGCGCUGACACCGGCCGCCUCGCCAUCACCAACAACGUCGUGUGGGUCAACCGCCGGGCAGGAGCGCCGGCGCCGGUGCCGGCCAUCGGGGGGGGUUCUUCGGUCACCGCGGCGCCCUCGCCGGCCGCCGCCGUACCUGCGGCCGAUGCCGCACAGCCGCCGCCCCCGCGGACAUGGACGUACUANUCCACGGCGUCGUCGAGUGCACCGCCGUCCACCGCAGCCACGCCGCCCCGUCCACCGCACGCAAGCGCCGUCGCUCCUGCUCCCCAUCACCUGCCGCUUUCACAGCGAGCCGUCAGAGAGUUGGGCGGGAAGGAAACCAGGGUACAUGGCAGUACGCGCGGCGACCGAGUGCCCUUCAUGGAUGAGCAACAGCAACCGCCGUCGCCGUCAGGUGGCGGCACCGCUCUCCAACACCGCCUUGGGCUGCUGUCGAUGAUGGGCAAGGAUGCGCUCGUCUCGUCGCUCGCCACCCGGGAAGCCGUCGAUCAAGGACGUCGAGACCUGCCACCGUCCGCCAACAUCGCCCCUCCCGCUCCCCCACAGCCGGAAGAUACGAGUUUAGAAGGCCAUGGGAGCGGGGGGGCCGCAGAAGCUGGGGGGCCGGGGGGCCUGCACAUGUUCGCAGCAAUGUUCGCCACCCGCGAGGAUGUGGAAGCCACUCUUCGUGCCAAGCGCCCUCCUGACAAGACGCCGGACCUUCCUCACUGCCUCGCCAGCGACCUCCGAGUGCCGAAAACGUUCAAGGAGGCCAUGCGGUCUCAACAUUCAGAGUUGUGGGAUGAUGCAGUCGGUCGGGAAUUUUUCGGUCUGCUGGAUGCAGACGAGUACGGAUGGCCGACGAAAUUCAAGGCACGACUUGUAGCGCGAGGGGACAUGCAGAGGGCUUCGAUUGAUUUUGGAGAAUUGUUUGCACCCACCGUGUCCGUGUCUAGUGUGCGUUUGUUGGCAGCGUUGGCAUGUGAGCAGAACCUUGACUUAUGCCAUUUCGAUAUUCAGCAGGCAUGUGUGCAGUCUGAACUUGAAGAGGAUGUUUUCAUGCGUCUCCCGCAAGGUUGUGGUAGGUUAUCUGGACUGAUCGUGAAACUCUGCAAGAAUCUGUACGGUUUGAAGCAGGCAUCACGACACUGGCAUGCGCACCUGACGAGGUGUUUGUUACUUUUAGGAUUUGUGCAAUGUUUGGCGGAUGCAUGUGUUUUUCGAUUGAUGGAGGAUGGAUGUGUGAUCAUGAUCAUUGUGGUCCACGUGGAUGACAUUUUUGCCGUAGGGCAGAAGGAGAGGUGUGACAAGUUUGGCAGUGACCUCAACGAGAUGGUCCCCGUGAAAAACCUUGGGGAGUUGAGGUGGUACUCCGCGUGCUUUUACCAGAGAGAUCUAGAGAGAGGCCUUUUGAGGAUCUCGCAGCAAAGGUUUGCAGAAGAGUUGGCUGCAGAGUACGGCGUUGAGUGGGGGAAGAGUGUGCCCUUGCCUGUGAGCGUGAAGUUUACCGACUU